GCCGCCUGGCGUCCUCGCUCCCGGGGCGUCGCCCCGCGUGCGCUGGAGUCACCGAGGCCACCCUUGGCACCGGAAGUGACCCUGGCGGGUCUGCCUUCAAAUUGUGGGCUACUUGAAACAGCAUCUGGGGCUCGUGACGGUUGGACCGGGCAGUGCUGGGUCCGUGAGCACAGAGCAGGGUGGUUGGGGCAGGACAGGACAGGGCCCUCCUUCCUCGGUGCCCGGAGCCCCGCUCGGCCCUCCCCCUUCGCCCGGCAGUGGGCGGUUUCCCGAGAGCCUCUGCGCCACAGCUUGUAAUUGAGCAUGAGUCUUCUUAUGAUUAGUGAGAAUGUAAAGUUGGCCCGUGAAUAUGCAUUGCUGGGAAAUUACGACUCUGCAAUGGUCUAUUACCAGGGAGUUCUUGACCAAAUGAACAAGUAUCUGUACUCAGUCAAAGAUACAUACCUCCAGCAGAAAUGGCAACAGGUUUGGCAGGAAAUAAACGUGGAAGCGAAACACGUUAAGGAUAUCAUGAAAACAUUAGAGAGCUUUAAACUAGACAGCACUCCAUUAAAAGCUGCACAACACGAGCUUCCAGCAUCUGAGGGAGAAGUCUGGUCCUUGCCCGUACCUGCCGAACGAAGACCAUCACCAGGACCUAGGAAACGCCAGUCUUCUCAGUACAGCGACCCUAAACCACAGGGUAACCGCCCAAGUACAGCUGUCAGAGUUCACCGUCCAUCCACACACAAUCUUCACAAUGACAGAGGGAAAGCUGUUCGUAGUCGGGAAAAGAAAGAACAGAAUAAAGGAAGAGAGGAAAAGAACAAAUCACCUGCUGCAGCUACAGAACCAGAGACAAAUAAAUUUGAUAGUACCGGGUAUGAUAAGGACUUAGUAGAAGCUUUGGAAAGGGAUAUAAUUUCUCAGAAUCCCAAUGUUCGAUGGGAUGAUAUUGCUGAUUUAGUAGAAGCUAAAAAGUUGCUUAAGGAAGCUGUGGUGUUACCAAUGUGGAUGCCAGAAUUCUUUAAAGGCAUUAGGAGGCCAUGGAAAGGAGUGUUAAUGGUGGGCCCCCCUGGCACAGGAAAGACCCUCCUUGCUAAAGCAGUAGCAACGGAAUGUAAGACAACAUUCUUCAAUGUCUCUUCAUCAACUCUGACUUCCAAAUACAGAGGAGAGUCUGAGAAGCUUGUUCGUCUUCUGUUCGAAAUGGCUCGAUUUUACUCUCCAGCUACUAUAUUUAUUGAUGAGAUAGACUCCAUCUGCAGCCGCAGAGGGACUUCUGAAGAGCACGAGGCAAGCAGAAGGGUGAAGGCCGAGCUGCUGGUUCAGAUGGACGGUGUUGGAGGUGCUUCUGAAAAUGAUGACCCUUCCAAAAUGGUUAUGGUUCUGGCAGCUACUAAUUUUCCCUGGGAUAUCGAUGAGGCUUUAAGACGACGUCUUGAGAAAAGAAUCUAUAUUCCAUUACCAUCAGCAAAAGGCAGGGAGGAGCUAUUACGAAUAAGUCUCCGUGAGCUGGAAUUGGCUGAUGAUGUUGACCUUGCAAGUAUAGCAGAAAACAUGGAGGGUUAUUCAGGUGCGGACAUUACCAACGUGUGCAGGGAUGCAUCCUUGAUGGCAAUGAGAAGGCGUAUUGAAGGUUUGACCCCGGAAGAAAUCAGAAAUCUUUCAAGAGAAGAAAUGCACAUGCCUACAACUAUGGAGGAUUUUGAAAUGGCUUUAAAAAAGGUUUCAAAGUCAGUGUCUGCUGCAGACAUUGAAAGAUAUGAGAAAUGGAUAUUUGAGUUUGGAUCAUGCUAAAUUCUCACAUGUAAACUGUGAGCAACCUUGCAUUAAGUGUUUGAAUAAUUAAAUGUAGUAUUGCACCAAGCGCUAUAUUUUUUUAAACUUUCGUUAUGGUAAGAGUGAAAAAAAGUAUGAUUCUGAAUAAAGGCAAUUUUUUCAAGUUA